CACUGUUACGGGUGCCGGAAGUUGACAGACUGCGCGAAUCAUCGUGACACAUGAAAGUCACCGGUAAAACUAUAACACUGUUAGUUAUCCGAUCUAGUAGGCUUUAAAAAAUAUAUCACAGUGUUUAACGAAGGCGUUUUUUCAGGUUUUUAUUGAAGUGGCGGUAUUUUAGUCACGAUGUUAGCUAUGACAAAGCGUUUUAAAGCCGUUUAGAAGCAAACUCGGAGCUCGUUAGAGCAACCUUACAGUUACACUGGUAUCUCAUUGAAUACAAAACAUAGCUUUUAUUAUUUUUUUUCUUAGAUUUUUCUUCAGAUUAGAAAUGGCACGAAGUGUAGGUCGAAUAUUCAGCGGAUUUCGGUGCUUCGGUUCUCUCCCAUUCGGGAAUCUACUACUGAAAACACAAUGUUCCGGUGUUUUAUUCAGGACCACCUCAGAGCGGACCUUGGUGCAUGUGCUCCCAAAAAUCUUUCCCCGAAAACCUCGAGACUUCAGCCUGCCCAACUCGUCAUGGGGGAAAGAGAUGAUGGAGCUCUACAACCAUUACAACAGGCUGAGUAAGGAGGCGACAGAAGGGCAAGAGGACCAUGGAGAGGAGUGGACAAGACUGCCAAGCUACAAUCGAACUCUAAAGUAUGCAACAGGGGGAGCGUAUCUCAGCAAGAUAAUCCAGUCAAAAGCUCGCCUUUUCACCCGGAACAUCAGGGACCCUGGAGCAGCGUUUGAGUACGUUUUAUUUUUCAGACAAGACAAGCUCAAGUGUGUGUGCAUCUUCCAAGCUGGACACCUUUUGGAAGGGCCGCCAGGACAUGUCCACGGGGGGGCAAUAGCCACCAUGAUUGACACCGUCACAGGAACGCAUGCCUCUCUGCUUUCCGCACCGGUUAUGACCGCCAACCUUAACGUCAAUUACCGCAGUCCCAUCCCACUUGGAAGUACUGUGCUGAUUGAAUCCAUUCUGGACAAAGAGGAUGGCAGAAAAAUGUAUAUUUCAUGUAGAGUGACCAGCACAGACGGCUCCAAACUCCACACAGAGGCAACAGCACUAUUUUUGUCAAUCAGUGUCAGCAACCUGCUGAGAAGGUGAAGCAGCAUGCCAGGCUGGCAUAACAGAGGCCAGAACAAGCCAGUGUGUUUGACUUUGUGAAAAAUUGGUUUGGAUUACGGACAUAUUUUCUAGACCGUCUUGAAGAAACCUCACUAAAUAUAAUCUUGUAGUACAUGCUAAUAUGUCACUACUAACAGACUGAACUUGAAUGCCUUUGCAUAAUGGUAUUAACACAAAAACACCACAUAUCAAAAUGUUAAGGUGUUAUUGACUGUAUUUUGAGUUACCCAGGGGCCUUACAGUUCAACGCUUCCCCUGAGAUAUUUUGUAUAUUUUUUUCUCCAAGAUCAAAGUCUCUUGUGUGGAUAUUAUUUUUCAUUGAAGAAAGAAAAAAAUAUCGAUGUAAAUAAAAACUCUUAAGUUAUGUGGUUUUGCUCUUUUUAAAGCCCAAAUAUUUAUUCUGUGAUGUGCUUGAAUCUGGGAUAGGAAGUGCUUGUCAUUUUUUGGUGAUUCUGCUCAAGUAUUUGUCACAAAGAACUCUAAACCGCUUUAUUUAAAAGAGUUUUGGUACUGCCAGUAACAGAAAAAAGUAACAGAAGAGAUGAAAGAAGGAUGCUUUUGAAUUUGGUCGUCUUUCUAAUGAGAAAGCGUGAGUUUCAUGCUUCUUGUAUUACACCUUUUACUCAUUUUUUGAGCUUUGAUUGUCAGGUGUGGGUUGUUAGCUGUCACCCCGCCAUGUGGUGUCUGUGGUCGGUGUAGAAUGUGAAAUGUAGCUUUUUUCACCAACAGAAUAUCGUAACUUAGUCAUGAAGACACAAGGCCUUCAAAAACAAGUUCAUCACGUCGGCCAAUGCCGCUCACGCUGGCACUUUGAGCGUGUGUCUGCAUUUAGAAAUGACUGUGGCGUGUUGCAGCGAGCCAUAAAAAGUAACGGCUUCCACAUCACAGAGAGACACGCUGCUCUGGCAUCCACUGCAGACCACGAAGUUAGAAAAACUGAUGAUAUGCAGCUGCCUUCUUUUCUUUAAUGCGAUGGGACUUUGAAAGGGGUAUGUAAUAGCAAAAAUGUUCAAUAUCUGUUUGUUGUUAACAAAAAUUGGAAGAAAAAAAUUCCCAAUUUGCAUUAUGGGGCUGAUGAAUGAUUUCUAAAAACACAAUUAUUUUAUUAAAAGAGAAAUUCUCUUACCAGGA